AUGGAGAGGUGUGUUAAUAUUGUGCAAUUGUGGCAGAAUUUGUGUGCUACGAAGAAAAAAUCGCAUUAUAUAUUUAUACAGACUUGUUUUGUUCACAGUCGCCGUCGUCGGGAUUACUAUGAAAAAGGUAACCUGGUGGCCCUCUAUCAGCAUAAGGUUGAAACUGGACAGCUGCUUCCAGAUGAACAUCAGGAAAAUAUUGUUAAUUAUUUGCAAGAACUGAACAUUAAAAUAAAAGGCUACACUCCUCCAAAGCAAGGAUUUUUUCAAAAAUUCUUCGGAACUGGCAAGCAGCUUGAGGUACCUAAAGGGCUUUACUUGUAUGGAGCAGUAGGUAGAGGGAAGACAAUGUUAAUGGACAUGUUUCAUGACAACUGUGAGACAAAGAACAAAAGACGUGUCCACUUUCAUUCCUUCAUGCUUGAUGUCCAUACACGUAUUCACGAAUUUAAAUCCAAAAUGGUAGGAAGAGAGAAAACCCAGCGACGGCCAGCCAGUUAUGAUCCUAUUCCUCCUGUUGCCAAGUCGCUUACUGAAGAUGCAUGGCUUCUAUGUCUGGAUGAAUUUCAGGUUACAGAUAUUGGUGAUGCCAUGAUUUUGAAAAGGCUUUUUACCGAACUGUUCAACAACGGUGUGAUCAUUUUAGCCACAUCUAAUCGUUGUCCUGAUGAUCUUUACAAGAAUGGUUUACAACGAAGCAACUUUGUACCAUUCAUCAAGAUACUGAAGGAUCAUUGCCAAACCAUUCCUCUUGAGUCUGAGUUUGACUAUCGACUAAGGACAGCUGUAAGACAGAAAGUGUACUUCUUAAAGUCUGAGGAUGACACAGACGAUUCUCUUAACACAAUUUUCAAAAUCUUGUGUAGCAAAGAAAAUGAUAUUGUCCGAAGAAAGAUCCUGAGGAUUAAGGGCAGAAAUGUUACAUUUCCUAUUACAUGUGGUCAGGUUGUUGACUGCAGCUUUGACGAACUUUGUAACAGACCUUUAGGUGCUGUUGAUUACUUAAGCAUGAGUCAAGUUUUUCAUACAGUUAUCAUCAGAAAUAUACCGCAACUCACCCUGAGACAGAAAACCCAAGCUCGACGGUUCAUUACGCUCAUUGAUACCUUCUACGACCAUAAGGUUAGAAUCUUGUGUUCAGCUGACGUUCCUCCAGAAAAGUUGUUUGUAUCAGUGGAAGAUACUGAGGUAACUGAAGAUGAAAAUAGGAAAUUAAUGGACGACCUUGACAUUAGCCAGUCUUCAGAAAGUAGCAAAGCCAGUAUUUUCAGUGGUGAGGAAGAAGUCUUUGCAUUUGAUCGAACUAUUUCUCGACUUGUUGAGAUGCAGACCACAGAGUAUUGGGAACAGCGAGAAGCUUCUUGACACAACACAAACACUUAAGAAAAAUAAAGUUGUGACAUUUUAGCAAUUUUUUUUAAUAGGAGAAAUUUAUAAACCAUUGAAGUUUAUCUACAAUGAAAUUUAGUUUGUUGUUUCUUACAACUUUGAUCCAGCAUAGGCUAUUUUAGGCCUUAGAGACUUUUGUUUUUUAUAUAUAUGUAGUUUACUCUUUUGUCCUUCCCAGAAAAAAGUUUCAGUAUUGUUUAUAGGUUUCUGUUAAAAGUGUUAUAUCACUCUGUAACUGCUUUCAUACGUUGAGGAAAGUGUCUUUUAAGCAUUUGUUCAGUUUUGUGGCCAUUAGGUUUACUAGCAGUAGUGAGUGAGUUAACUGACUAACUGAGUUGGCAGUAGAAAAAAUUUUAGCGUGUGUUUAAAUGGGAAAAAGAAUGGUGAUAACUUUACUUGGUACACCAGAGGACGUGUGAAACCUGUAAUACUUGUUUGAUUACUAGUAUGUAUUUAAUAAGUAGGCUUACCAAGUGACGAGGGAAUAAAGUAGGUAAUAUUAGACACUAUUAACAACAGCUGUGAUUUAAUCAGCCACUUACUGAAGGUAGAUUCCUUACUAAUUAUAGUUAACAAUUUUUUCUUUGUAAUUAUAUAGGGAGAAUAUUUUUCUGCAUAAUUUUAUGUACAGACAAAUCAGGGAUAACACAAGAUGCUUGCAGUAGGUGAUUGUAUUAGUUGAUUCAGUAUUUUAUUUAGUUCAUGGUUUAGUUUAUGUAAAUAUUAAAUUGAGCACACAAAUUGCAGAUCAUCGGUUAGCUUCUUUACCCACUAAUUUUCUCGUCUUUUUUUUUAACAAUUUUUAAGACCAGCUUUAAUAUUGGUAUUAUAGUUUUCUCUAUGCUAUGUUCAAAAUGUAUCGUCUUUGAACAGUUUUUUUUUAAUAUUGAUAAAUGCUUAAGAAAAUAUGUAAACCCACCAUUUUGGUAUAUAGAAAGUUGGUUUGUUUCAAACAUGAGCAUAAAUUUAAGGAUUCCCCGUAGUGAAUAGAGCAAAGCUAGCCAAUUGUCCAGCUUUGCAUUAUAAAGAUGAUAGUGACACUUUAUGAAUAACCAAUGUAACGUAUAGAUGCUGGGUUAUUUUUAAUUAAUAGAUAAUAGUGGGCUCGAUACGAAAAUAUAAGAAAAAUUUUUUUUAAAUGAGCUUGUUAUUUUUGCACAAAAAUAUAACAACACAAAUGAUGCUUAUGUAAAACAUCCAUACAUACAAUUAAAAGAAAUACAAUGUUAAAACCAUCAUAACACAAAGUUAUUAAAACGGGGAAUUGCCCUAAAAAAAAAUCUUUUUAUGGCAAGUUCUUGUUUUAAUAACUAUUUAGUGUGUAAUGAUUUUUAACAUUGUAUUUCAUUUAAUUGUAUAAUGCGAGAAAUGUAAUUUUAAGAUGCUAAUUUUUUUCCUAGUUUUUGUUUGCUUAUAACUGCUUUCCUGUUUUAGAUUGCAUAGCAGUAAAAGAAAAUUUGUAUUUUUUUCUGUAGUAAAUAAUAGUUGGUCAAAUAUGAAAAUACUAAAAGUAAUAACACCAUAACUUUGUCACAUUCUGUUUUUGAUCUACAUAUGAAAACAAAAAGGCUGAAAAACAUUUGGAUUCCAAAAAUGGGUUUAUUUUUUGUACGAGACUGAGCAUCGGGUCGUCAAUUAUUUAUCAGACUUGAAUCGUUAGACAUUUAUAAUUCACGGGCCAUUGAAAUCUUCUUGAGAUAUAUUUUAAUACAUCAAAGAUGUAUUCUAUUACCAGGAGGUUUGGGUUAUUCUUACAGGAUAAGAAUGGUGUUCAUUUUUACUGGUUAAAACAGUCAAAUUGGGCUAACCCAGAUAGUCUUUGGAUCAAAUGUAAUAGCAUAAACUAAAAUUCUUGGUGCUUCAGGUAAUAAUGAUUUAUAAAGUUUUGUGUUAUUCACCUCUCAUCCGCAUGUCUUUCAGAGAACUGAAAUUCAUACAUUGUAUUGUGAAUAGAAAUAGUAUUUUUUUAUUAUGUGCUACUAUCCUUUUUUUCUUUCUAGGUUAAACAAGGAUCUAGUAGUCAGCAUUAAAUCAUAAUAAACAAUCAGUUUCGCAUUACUGUACUGUGAUGAUGAGUGUUACUCUCAUAGACAUAGGUUGAUAUUUAAAACUGUCAGGAACAUCUAAAUUCAUUUCUCAGGUAUAUUCCAAUUUAUUUAUCUGCAUCAUUUUACAGUUUGAAGUAAUAUUAUGUAUUGUAAUUUUCAGUAAAAAAUUACAAGUAAAUGAAAUAAUUUUUGUUUACUAUCAGUUAGUUAUUUUAAAUAUAGCAUUUUGAUCUUCUCUGUAUGAUUUGUAAUUCUGCUAGAAAACCGGUUUUUUUUAUGUAAUCGGUAUUUUUCAUGGUUUUAAUUGAUAAUUACAGUAUACAGACGGGAUUAUGUUAGCAACGUAAAUGUUUACUUUGUUAUUCUUAAACUUGAUUAACUCUUGAUUGAUGAAUCACUUGUGAAAAACUGGUGUUCAUAGGAGGGUGACAUUCUCCCCACCAAGCAUUCGUAGCCUAUGCGGGUCACAAUGCAUAUAUAUAUAUAUACCUCCCAUACUAAUGAGAUGAGCUGGGCAUGACUAAAAAGUUGGUCACCUCCUGUAAUGUUAAUUUCUUUUAUCAUAAUGGACAUUUAUUUCACCCAGUUGAAGGAUUAAUGAAACAGGUAGUUGACUUUUGUUAAAUAUUAAUCAAUAAAAAAUCAGUCUUUUUGUUAUCUCAAUCACAAAUUGCUGCUUUAAUAUUUAUUAUUACCUUAGAAAUUAAAAGAAAAGAUUUUAUUAAAUAAUCCGUCUUUGUACUUAAAGUUUCACCUUGGGAGAGAAAAAAAUAAAUUGUGUGAUCAAAAUUUUAAGAUACUUCAUUGAUAAAUAUUUUUUUCUCUCUCGCUUCUCAGUCGUUAAAUUGUUUUUAUGAAGUUGCUCAAGUAUUUUAAGGUUUACAUUUUCAGUUAUGGAAAGAUGUUUUAUACAUUUGAAAGUUAAAUAUUUGUGAUACAGUUAUUAUUGUCGGUUUAUGUACCUUAACCAAACAUUUGUGAUACAGUUAUUAUUGUCGGUUUAUGUACCUCAACCAAACAUGUCGCAAUAUUUUCAUACUCUCUUGAUUUACCAGAAUGAAAUAAAGUAUAACAUUUAGGUAUUUCUUUACGAAAACUGCCAUCCAUUUAUAAUCUUGGUUCCAUUAAAGUGAUUAGGAAAUGGAGUAGGAACCACUAGAUAAAAACUAUUAAGAAUUUUACAUUCUUAAUUCCAAGAAUAUUACAAUUUGAAAUUUUUUUUUUGUUAGUUAGUUGUGCUUUUAAUGUAAUAUUUAAUUAUUUGUAACGCAUGGAAUUUCCUGGAUAAAAGACAUUCAAUAUUGUUUUGUAUUUGUAAAAAUAAAUUAGGUGCAUAAACAGUUGGAACUUUUUAAAAUUAAAUGCUAACACAAUUUAAUCUUUUUAUCUUAUUGUAGUUGGUUAUAUAAAGUUGGUGUAAGGAAUUAGUGUUGCCAUGAAGAAAAUAAUGUCGAUUUGUUCUCAAAUUUGUUACAAAAUUUAAUUUCACAAAUAAAGAUGGCUAUAGAUGCCCGGUAUCAACUUGGCUUUUAUUCUCCUUGUUAAA